CUGAUGGGGAAGGCAGGAGAAUAACCAGAAGCCAGCCUGGAAAUCACACUGGGGAAAGUCCAGAUAUAAAAAACAUCUAAAAAAUAAAAAUGGCUGAACUGGACCAUGGAACAUUGUUUUCAACUCCUAGGAUUAGUGAUGGAGAAAAUCCAGUGAUUCCUGCAAGAAAGGCUCUUUGCAGUCAGAAGUACAAACCUGUUGACUAUAAACAUCUGCAUGAACUUGCUGCAGAGGCAAAAAUGGCCUCUGAAAAAACUCAGUUAAAGAUUAAAAAAGCAGAGCAAGUUUCAAAAAUUAACAAAGAGCAAAUGCUGCUGAAACAGCACCGGCAGGUGUGGUGGCAAGAGCAUAAGAGGCUGAGCCAGAGCAGGCAAAAAGCAGAAGGAGAAAUAAAGACUUUUCUUAAUGAAGAAAGUCAUAAGCAAAACUUCUUUUUGGAUUUGAGGGACUUGGAGCAGGAAUUGUCCAGGCAGCGGGACACUUACCAAACAAACAGUGUAGUUCCUGUCUGGCAGCUAAAGGAGGAUUUCAAACUCAAGCUGGCAGAAAUGCAGCGUUCCCUCUCAGAAGAAUCUUGUCAGAAACCUGAGAUCGAUUCAUUUGAGAUAUUACAGCAGAUCAAAUUUGUGAAGAACCAGCAGAAGGCAGUUUUGGAAGGUCUUGUCCUUGAAAGUCUGGCUUUGGAGAGAGAGCUUGAAGACUACAAAGCAAAUGCAUUAGUGGGCUCCUUUGAGGAGAAAAAUGGGCUUUUCCAUGAAGUUCCUGCCGAGCUGCUGUCUCUGGAAUGCCCUUACCCUGACCUGAAGACCUUGGUGAUCCAGGAGUACCAAGAGCUGGCCAGUGGGUACUGGGCGAGGCUUCAGGAGGUCGACCAGCAGUUGGAAGCUUUAUCCAGGAACAGUGACUGGAAGGAAGAAGAUCAGUGGGUUUUCCAGGCUGUUAUCAAUCAGUAUCCAAGUGAUCUUCAGAGGAGGAGGACUUUGUACCUGGAUAUGCUGCAGAGAUACCUUCCCCACAAAUCCUGGCAUGAGCUGGUUGCUCAUGAGAAAGCCUGGGAUCACUGCCAUUCCAUCAGGAAUCAGCGCAGAGCCUUGCUGCUGGGCUGGGCUCAGGCUAGGAAAGCCUUUGUCCUUAGGGCAGUGGCAACUGCUGCUGAAGCUGCUGCUGCUCAUGAGGCAGAAGUGGUGCUGGCUGACUCCAGGCAAAAGCAACUGGAGAUCUGUGCUGAGCUGAAAGCAAAGGUUCUACAGUGGAAAGCACAGCAGGAAGAAGCUGCUAAACUAGAAGCUGCUGUAGCUGCCAGAAGAAAAGAAAAGGAAGAUGAGAAAAAAAGGCUACAGAGAGAACAGGAAACCAGUCGUAGAGCUCAGGAGAAAGAGAAACUGAAAAAAUACUGGGCUGAGAAACAGCUCAAGUGGCAAGAACAGGAGGAGAGAGAUCUACGACGUCUGGAGGAAUUGAGAAAAUUAAUGGCUGAACAAGCGGCUAAAGACAGAGAAAGGGUGCAAUUCCGACGGGGGCUGCUGGAGAAGCGGCUGCUGGAGAGAAAGGAGCAGGUCCUGCUCCAGGCCCGGGAAGAGGAGGAGAGAGAGAAGCGCCUGGAAAUGCUCCGGCAGCAGGUUGCUGUUGUUGCAAAAUCAGACCCAGCCAGAGCAGUGGCUGAUACGGUGGCAUCGAGGGCCCGGAUGGGCAUCGGAGCCAACCAGGAGUUUGAGCUGCAGCAGCCUCUGUUCAGGCUGCACACGUACAGUGAGGAGCAGGUCAUUUCUGACCCCAGACUCCGUGUCGAGCUCGCUCUCCGAGAAGCUGGACUGCAUAAAACACUUUAUGCAAGAGAGAUUUUGCCAAAAAUUCCUCCACCAAAGCUUCCAAGAAGAGACAUGGAAUCUACAGCUUUUGAAGUGUAGACCACCUCUUGUCUCAGGAGCAGAGGAGCUUCAGGGGUGUCAGUGUGUCACAUCUGAGUUCUGCAGAGACAGGUGUGUCCAGUUUUCACCCCUCAGACUGAGAACUCCGCUGGCAAAGCCCUCCCAGCCGGAGCGCGGCCUCGGCCCCGAGCAGGGCACUCAGGGCACAGCGUUGGGACCUGCUGGAGACCCCGAGGUGGGUGCCAGAGGGGGGCAGCUGGUGUGACAGACCCCCACGAGUGAGCACAGGGCUGGGCCAGGAGCAGCAUCACCCCGGGGUGGCAGCUGAGGUAUUCAGUGGGGAAAUGCUGCAGAGCCUGCCCUGAGCCGUGGGAGCUGCGUUGUCUGGGCUCAGCUUCUGAGAGUUUGGGCUAAAAUUACAACUCUGUGU